UUAACAAACAGAACUUAAAUCUCAUAGUUUUGUCUAAUUUUGCCCCUGCUUCUGCAACUUCUCUCUCGCUACAAAUCCAGAGACCUCAUUGAAAUCGAAUUUUACAGACAAAUUAAAGAAAAAGAUUGGGGUUGUCUGAACAGAGAGAGUUCUUUUGAUUUGGUUUGUUGGAUUUAUAGAGCUGGGAAUCUCUCUAUUUUUUUAUUGGUUCUACUGAUUGUGGGAGCAUGGAGGGUUAUAAGAGAUGGGUUAGGACUAAUAAAGACUAUGUUCACUCACUCGAAUCUCUUGCCAAUGGAUUGACAUGGCUUCUCCCUGAGCGGUUUUCGUCUUCAGAGAUAGGACCAGAAGCAGUAACUGCUAUCUUGGGCAUAAUUACUGCUAUCAACGAGCAUAUAAUCGAUACCACUUCAGUCCAGACCUAUGCAGGCUCCGUGGAACCAUCUUCUUUCCCUUAUUCGCUAUGCAUAUCUACGAUAAAGGACUUGGAAACACUUGUUGAAGUUGCAGCUGAACAUUAUUAUGGCGAAGAAAAGAAGUGGAACUUCAUAGCUAUUACGGAAGCAAUAAAGGUGAUAGUACGGCUAGCUUUGUUUCGGAACAAUGGAUAUAAGAUGCUUCUGCAUGGAGGGGAGACACCAAAUAUUGAACAGCAUUUGAAGUCUGGGAGCCAUCGCGGGCGUGCCCAUUCACAAGAUGUUAAUGGGAGGAACCCAUGGAAUCUAGAAGGAAGGGCAAUGUCAGCGUUGAGCAGAUUUGGAGAAAAUGCGAGGAUGCUAUCUGAGCCAGUCUGGUUGAGUAGGGUUCACCAUCAGCAUGCAAUUAUGGAGCCUCUGUCACCAGUGGUCAAGAGGACGACACUUUCCACGAUAUUGUCUGAGAAAGGUUUAUAUGGGGGUUUAUUUGUCACGGGAGAGGUGCUUUUUCUCAUAAGACCCCUUAUUUAUGUGUUAUUUAUCAGAAGAUAUGGAGUUCGGUCUUGGAUCCCUUGGUUUCUAUCCCUGUCUGUGGACUUUAUCGGAUUAGGCUUCUUGAGACAAGUUACUAAGUCGAGGCUUGAUGGAAAAGGGCAACAUUUUGAUCUUACAGACUCUGAAAAGGAUGAGUUAAAAAGAAGGAAAUUGUUGUGGGCUCUAUACCUUAUGAGAGAUCCAUUCUUUAGCAAGUAUACCAGGCAAAGACUUGAAAGCACCGAAAAAGUACUCGAACCUGUUCCCAUCAUCGGGCUUCUAACAGGAAAAAUUGUUGAGCUUGUUACCGGAGCUCAGACACGCUACACUUACAUGUCGGGAUCCUGAGAGGUCUCUGCAGGGAGAUAGUCUUAUGGAUUUUUACAGCUUAUUAGGUGAUGUUUACGGCCAAAUACAAGUUUAUUAGAGUUUUGAAAUCUUAGCAGUCUCUACUUGAGAAAUGGUUUGCAAGUUUAAAAAUGAUGGUUAGAAGUUGAAUCUGUAUGUAAGUUUGAUAUUCAAGAAAUCCACUAUCGAUAGAAACUAUUUGCAAUGGCUUUAGAUCAGAGUUGUGCACACGAUUAGAAUGAUUUUUGAUUACUAUAUGUCGAUGUGCAAAGUGAAUGAUGGAAUGAUUAUUGAGCUUAAUAUAAAUUGUAAAUAUUUAACUGUUUACAAAUA